AGAUGGUCGUUUUCCUCCACUGCUACCAAAUUUCCUGCAAGUCGCAAGAUGCUCUGCAGUGGCCUGAGCUGAUCCUUUCCGGCCGCCGGGUCCGCCGAUCAAUUGCCGUCGAAGAGAGAGCGCAAAGUGUCGACUUCACCGGAGCGUCCUGUGGCAGCGAGAGAAGAAAGCUACGUGACGGCGACAGAGUGAAUGCUCCGUCCGUGGCUGUUUCAUCCUCUAUUUCUCGAUGAGUUUGCGGAUUGGAGCUUCAGCAGAGGACGAGUUGACAAAAGGGACGGCACGGGAAGAAGAUGACAAGGAGCAGAACAGGACCAGGAGUGGUGGGUAAUGGCGCCGGAGCAGGACAGCUGCCACCGGCGGUGUGGGAGCUCCUCGCGGAGCUCCGCCCUGUGGACCACGGCCGGACCACACAAGCGGCGCCCCCGCUGCCGAUGAUUCCGCCACCGGAUUCUUAAAUUAAUCGCGUUUUUAAAAACACUCUUUCGCUACUGGAUUCAUGCAAACUGACGAUCAGACGAUAUCAACAGUCCGGAUUUGCUCUCCAAAGAAUAAAAUGGGGACCCAUAAGAGCAGAAAAGCCUUGCUGUGUAGCUCGAGCUGCACUUGCGAAGCUGUAGGAAAGUGACGAACUGGCGAGGAUGACAUUGGCAACAGUAGAAAAUAAAGGGUAUGAAAAGAUGUGAAUAUUCCAAUUGCGUUGAUCCAAUCAUGCAAAAACAGUUCUCUCGAUAGGAAACAAGCUGCUGCAGUGACAUGCCGAAGUGUCACAAUUAAAGAAUUCAGAGGAUCAACUUCAGAGAGCAAUGAUUAGGUGUGUUCUUUAAUACAACCUACUGUAUAGCCAUUUCACCACCGUCUUUGUGAGUUCGUCAGCCUCGCAGAGCAAAUGCAUGUACUACGAUGACGAGAAUGCUCCUCGAGACCGUCUGCCAUCGCAGCGGAGGAAUCAAAUAAAAAGAGAGAGAAGAAAGGAGACAAGGCAGACAGAGAUGGAAUCGCCAUGGCUGCUGCUACUGAUGAGGAUCCACGACGACGAUCGCGGUGAUCAUCAUCAAAUUUAAUCCACUAAAAUCGCUCUCCAAUCUCGUCUUCAAGCUCCAUUUUUUUUCCUUAAUUAAGGACCAGAGCAAGGGCGUGGCGCCGGAAUUAUUUGCAGAUCUUAAAGUUGGCUGGCCCGUGAUCAAUGAUGGUGAAGAGUAGAGCAGAAAUAUGGGAGCGGCCACGAAGCUGAUGAGGAGCUCGACCAAGACCCGCCUAGACAUCGCCGGAACCGCACCAUGUCGCAUGGCUUCCAUCAAGGCCUCUUAAGCUUCCCCAACGGCCUGGAUAGCGGCAACCGCGACCACGUCGCUGAGCAGAACAGGCGAGACAAUGGUAGCGCCGCUGGGGUACACCCCGCGCUCGUACUUCCAAUAGAAGACGAGACCUGUAUCUACGAUUCCGCCUCUGAAGAAGCCGCCGCCGCCUCUGCCGGAGGUCACAUGCUCUCUGACUUGUUCAAUUGUCUGCAGCCGUCAGGGCUGGCGGCACCGAUGGACUUCCAUAUCAUCCCUUCGAGAUCCGUAGCCAUGGGCGCAGCCGUGGACUGGUACGUCGCCGACCGGCAUCACCACUAUCAGCAGCAGCAUUCAGCGGCUGGUUUGAGCACCGACUCCUCCUCCGCGAUGGAGCUUUUCCUCAUGAACCCGACGGCAAUGCAACAAUCACCUCAACAGAUUGGAUUUUCAUCUUCGCCACCACAAAUUGCCACCUUUCAGCAUCAUCCCUUUACGGAGUCAUCUCCCUUCGGCGCCGACCGGGUGGUAGAAAGCCAAGGACUGUCUCUCUCGCUCUCCUCCUCCCUGCAACACCUGGAGAUGAAGGCCAAGGCCACUGACGAACUCCGAAUGAGGGAAGGGAUCCUAUACUUCAAUAACAAUCAACACCUGCAGGACCAGCAGUUGCACGUCGCCGCCUUUGGGGGCGGCGGAGCCGGCAUAGUCAACCUGUUGAGAAGCUCCAAGUACGCCAAGGCAACGCAAGAGCUCCUUGAGGAAUUCUGCAGCGUGGGAAGAGGACCAACAAAACAGGCCAAUAAACUUGCAAAGCGCGGUAGCACAUCCAAUUCUAACCGUAACUCGAGCAGCAUUGGCAACUCCGGCGGCGCAUCAAAGGGCUCUCCGGCUUUGUCUCCUGCCGAACGAUUUGACCUCCAGAGGAAGAAGACCAAGCUCAUCUCCAUGCUCGACAAGGUAGACAGGAGAUACAACCGCUACUGCGAGCAGAUGCAGAUGGUGGUGAACUCGUUCGACUCGGUGAUGCAGUUCGGGGCGGCGACGCCGUACACGGCGCUGGCGCAGAGGGCCGUGUCGCGCCACUUCAGGUGCCUCAGGGACGCGAUCGCGGCGCAGCUGAAGCAGACGCGCGACGCACUCGGGGAUAAUAAUAAUAAUAAUAAUAAUAAUAAUAAAGAUGGCGGCGCCGCUAGGAGUUCUGGUGGCUCCGCCAUCAUCACCAAGGGCGCCACGCCGCGGCUCCGCCUGCUGGACCAGAUCCUCCGCCAGCAGUCCACUUUCAGCCAGUUGGGCAUGAUGGAGCCGGAGUCGUGGCGGCUGCAGCGCGGGCUUCCGGAUCGCUCCGUCAACAUUCUCCGAGGAUGGCUGUUUGAGCACUUCCUUCACCCGUACCCUAAUGAUUCAGAUAAGCAUUUGUUGGCGAGACAGACAGGUUUAUCCAGGAACCAGGUGGCCAACUGGUUCAUCAACGCGAGGGUAAGACUGUGGAAACCGAUGGUGGAGGAGAUGUACCUACAAGAAUCCAAAGUGGAGGAGGAGGAGGCGCCUCCGCCGGAGGAAGAGACGAAUCAAGGAACGCACUCACCUACGAUGAGACCCGAAUCCGUUAACCCUGCAGCAGUUGCCUUCGCCGAAGAGGCAUUCGAUCAAGUGCACCGGUUCGCCACGGUGGCGACGGCCGGCGGUGCCGGAGACGUGUCACUCACGCUCGGAGUACGGCAUGCAGGAGCCACAUCGGAGAGGAGCAGGUCCUCGGUUAGGGACUUCUCCGAAUGUUGAAUUUUAAACAAUGCUAGAAAUCGAACCACCCUUGACGCAACGAGUUAACUGAGAUAGACACAGCAAGAACAUAGACAUUAAUCUAUAAAAUCAUUUGCAGGUUUCUUUUCA